AUGCCUUAGACCCUUCAAUUCGCUCCCCAACAUCAAUAUUAUUAUAAACUUUUUUCCAACUUCAAGAGAAAGAAGAAGAAGAAGAAGGAGAAAGAAAGAAUUAAUUUGAUAUGGGAAGGCCACCGUGCUGUGACAAAGUUGGAGUUAAGAAAGGGCCAUGGACUCCUGAAGAAGAUAUCAUUUUAGUGUCUUAUAUUCAAGAGCAUGGCCCUGGAAACUGGAGGGCUGUUCCUACUAAUACAGGAUUGCUUAGAUGCAGCAAAAGUUGCAGGCUUAGAUGGACUAAUUACCUGAGGCCAGGGAUCAAACGUGGUAAUUUUACAGACCAUGAAGAGAAGAUGAUUAUCCACCUUCAAGCUCUUUUAGGCAACAGAUGGGCUGCCAUAGCUUCUUAUCUUCCUCAGAGAACUGACAAUGACAUCAAAAACUACUGGAACACCCACUUGAAGAAGAAGCUGAAGAACAAGAAUCUCCAAGCUGAAGCUCACUCUAAAGAUGGCUUCUCUUCACCUUCUUCAACACAUUCACACUCCAUUUCUAGAGGCCAGUGGGAGAGAAGGCUUCAAACUGAUAUCCACAUGGCAAGACAAGCUCUAUGUGAGGCUCUAUCACCAGAAAAACCAGCCUUUAAAUCUGAAAUGAAGCCCUCUAAUGGCUUCAUUUCUUACGCAAAUAAUAACAACAAUAAUGCAACGACAACAACAACAAUUUAUGCUUCAAGUGCUGACAACAUAGCCAGACUGCUCAAAGGGUGGGCCAGAAAUUCUCCGAAACCAGCUUCUACAACAACAAACUCGGCUGCCACAACUCAACAAUCGUUUAACAACGGGGAAUCAACUUCAAGUGAAGAGACUCCAAGAAAACUAGGGGCUUUUGAAUCAUUGUUUGGCGGUGGUGGCUUUGAGUCUUUUGAUUCUUCAGCCAAUUCUGAUUUAUCUCAAUCUGUAUCUCCGGAGUCUAGCUUUUUUCAAGAUGAAAGCAAGCAAGAUCUAAAUGCUCAUCAAAUGCCGCAAUUAUCACAGCUCGAGAAGUGGCUUUUUGAUGAUCAAAGCACCGCUAUUCUUCAAGGGAAAGAUUAUUUAAGUGACCUUAAGUUAGAUGAGAGUGCUGAUAUUUUCUGAAGUAAGAGGAUGAUCGAUUAUAUCUUGUUAAUUUUAGAGGCUUUUUUGAGAGACUCUUUGAUCUCUGUGUUCUCUUGUACUAGAUGUUGAUGAACUGAAAUUAAAGAAUUAAUUUCAUAGUAGCCCUUAAUUGAUUAUUCAGAAGCGUCUGUGACCCCUUAAACACUAGGAUACAAAGUGUAAAUUUCACAAUAUUAUGUGAUCAAAAUCGAUGGUUUUUGAUGAAUAAAUUCU